AUGGCUGCGGCUGCGACGGACGAGGAACAUAACCUGACUUUGAUACAAGCCUUGAAGAAGUAUCCUCAGGCUUGCUUCUGGUCCGUCGCCAUUUCCAGUGCCAUCAUUAUGGAAGGAUACGAUAUCGUCCUGAUUUACUCCUUUUUCGGACAGCCAGCAUUCGUCAAAAAGUACGGUGAGUACGAUGCUGCGGCUGGAAAGUACACACUCUCGGCUGCAUGGCAAGCAGGUCUCGGCAAUGCCACGCAGAUCGGCACUGUCAUUGGUGCCUUCCUCAAUGGUUAUCUUACUCACAAAUUCGGCUACCGCAAGGUCAUGGUUGCAUCUCUUCUUUCCCUUCUUGCAUUUGUCUUUAUCUCAUUCUUUGCACCGACCGUUGAGGUCAUCUUGAUUGGCCAGAUUCUUUGCGGAAUCCCCUGGGGCGUGUUUGCGACCAUGGCGCCAGCAUACGCAAGUGAGGUUUGCCCAACAGUGCUACGUGGUUACCUUACGGUCUAUGUCAACCUUACUUGGGCCUUUGGCCAACUAGUAGGCGCAGGUGUACAAUCCGCAUUGUCCGGUAGCACAACAGAAUGGGCAUACAGGAUACCUUUCGCAAUUCAAUGGGUCUGGCCUCUACCAAUCGCUCUGUUGGCAUACUGUGCUCCAGAAUCGCCCUGGCAUCUAAUUCGUACUGGUAACAGUGAGGGUGCUCUACGGUCCAUUGAGCGCUUGUCUCCAACCAAGACCGAGAGCGAGCAUAAAGCCCAGCUUGCCAUGAUGCAGCACACGAACCAGCUGGAGAUGGAUAUCAGCGCAGGUACAUCCUACUGGGAUUGCUUCAAGGGUAUUGACCGUCGUCGUACCGAGAUCGUAUGCAUGGUUUUUGCUGCUCAGCCUUUCUGUGGUAGUGCCAUGGGUGGAACCCCUACAUUCUUUUUCAUUCAAGCUGGCCUUCCCACGUCCAUUUCGUUUAAGAUGACUGUUGGUGGCCUUGGUAUAGCUUCCGUCGGUACCAUCAUCUCGUGGUAUCUAUUAUCCGCUUUUGGUCGCCGCACUCUGUAUCUCUGGGGUCUGGGUCUGCUCGCCAUCAUACUCAUGACUACCGGUACCAUCAGCGCCGUAGAUGCUACCAGUGUAGCUGGCAACUACGCGCAAGCUGCUAUGAUGCUCUUGUGGCUCUUGAUCUACUACCUCACCGUCGGACCAAUCUGCUAUGCCAUUGUUGGCGAGACCUCGACAACUCGUCUCAGAAAUAAGAGUGUCUGUCUUGCUCGAAUCGCAUACUAUAUCGCCAACAUCACUUGCGGUACCGUCAACCCCUACCUCUUGAAUAGCACUGCACUGAACUGGAAAGGCAAGACUGCGUUCUUCUGGGCUGGAACAACGCUGAUUUUCUUUCUUUGGACUUUUCUCAGACUUCCCGAGUGCAAGGGACGCACCUAUGAAGAGCUGGACGUGCUGUUUGCCAAUAAGAUCAAGACGCGGGAGUUCAAAAAAUUCAACGUCAACGUGUAUGCCGAAGACGGAGAGACUCUUGUCAAGCAAGAGUAG